CAUAUGUACAUUUUUUCAUUGCAAAAAAUGUCAGAAUGAAUUCAAUGAAAAUCCGUAUACAUACACGGCGAAUUCAUAUCUCUUUUCAAUUAUAAGACUUUCUGGCACGCGGCGGUUGUAUAAUCUGGAGGUUAGGAGGUUGCUUGGCAUAAUUUCUGCUGGUGUUACUUUCCAGCAAAUAAGCCGAAAAGUCUGCACACCAUCCAGCUGAUGAAAAAAUUUUAUGGGCACGAAAUAUAAAGAAGCCCAAGGAGGCCAGAAAAAGUAAUUUUCUUCUUACAUCUCCUGGGUCUGGACACGACUGGUCAUGUGCAUAAGCCUGGUACGCCAAACUUUCUAGAAAAUUUACAGCGCACUGAUAAAGAAAAUUUUCCUCAUUUUGGUGCUAUCUAUUUGUGCCGGAAGAUUAAUUGCUGAAGGUUUUGCAAAAUGAAGUCACCUAAACUAUAUGUAAUAAAAAGAGAUGGACGAAAGGAGGACAUACAUUUUGAUAAAAUUACUUCACGUGUGCAGAAGCUUUGCUAUGGACUCAACAUGGAUUUUGUUGAUCCGGUGGCCAUUACGCUAAAGGUCAUCAAUGGCUUGUAUUGCGGCGUUACCACACAGGAACUCGAUAAAUUGGCAGCCGAAAUCGCAGCUAGUCUAACAACGCAACAUGCCGACUACGCAACUUUGGCCGCACGCAUUGCUAUUUCCAAUUUGCAUAAGGAAACUAGAAAAGUAUUUUCUGAUGUUAUAAGUGAUCUGUAUAACUAUGUAAGCGCCGAAACUGGCCUACCUACACCAAUUAUAUCGGACUUUCAUUACAAUGUUGUAAAGAAAAAUGCAGACCGCUUAAAUUCGGCUAUAAUAUAUGACCGUGAUUUUGGUUACAAUUAUUUUGGUUUCAAAACACUUGAGCGUUCCUAUUUACUCAAGUUGAAUGGCAAAAUUGUUGAACGUCCGCAGCACAUGUUAAUGCGUGUUUCCAUUGGUAUUCAUGGUGAAGAUAUUGAUGCCGCUAUUGAAACUUAUAACUUGCUUUCGGAACGCUAUUUCACACAUGCCUCUCCAACACUCUUUGCUGCUGCCACUCGCCAACCGCAAUUGUCAUCCUGUUUCCUAUUGACUAUGGCUGGUGAUUCCAUUGAUGGUAUAUUUACAUCUGCCCACCAAUGUGCUUUAAUUUCCAAGUCUGCUGGUGGCAUUGGACUAAAUGUCCAUUGCAUACGCGCAAAGGGCACAGCGAUCGCGGGCACAAAUGGCACUUCAAAUGGUUUGGUACCAAUGUUGCGGGUAUUCAAUAACGUUGCACGUUACGUAGAUCAGGGUGGUGGCAAGCGGCCUGGCGCCUUUGCCAUUUACUUGGAACCAUGGCAUGCAGAUAUUUUUGAGUUUUUGGAUUUGAAGAAGAAUACUGGAAAAGAAGAGCACCGAGCCAGAGAUUUAUUUUAUGCUUUGUGGAUACCAGAUUUAUUCAUGGAACGUGUGGAAGCUAACGGAGAGUGGUCAUUGAUGUGUCCACAUAAAUGUCCUGGCUUACAUGAGGUUUGGGGCGAAGAAUUCGAAAAAUUAUAUACAAAGUAUGUCCUUAUGAUGGUUUCCCACGCAAUCAAGAUAAUCUCGAUGGUUGGACACGACAGAUGGGUGAUAAGGUAGAUUUCCAAUAUUUAAGUAUUUAACACAAAAAAAAAAGAGUUAAGUGUGUGGCUACAAUGUUAACUAUCUGUGUAUUUGUUGACCAUGUUUAAAUUUAAUAUAUAUAUUCAUUCAUUGGUGGUUCAGUUAUGAUGUCGGUACGGUGAGGUCGGUUUGAGGGCAAUUUAAAAUGAAAUGUAUGAAAUUUUGACUUAUGGCACGCAAAUAAAUUUCAUGAAAAGUAAA